GGAAGCGGUCCAGCAGAUGCACGCCUAGGCUGCCGGGGGGAGGGGGGAGCCCACAACAAAACUCGUGUUGACGGAGCGGGAGCCUCGACUUGAAUGGAAGGAGUCGGCGUCCGCGCAGCUCAGCACCGAGCCCCGGGACAGCCGUAGCCAGCGGGCCCACGCCGCAGAGGCAAUGGUCCCAAGCAGGACAUUCCUGCUGGUGCUCUGGGCCUGGGCCUGGGGGCCCCACGGUGCUCACGGUCAGACCCACGAAGACAACGAAUUCCUGGAGGAUCCCAUCCUUUUUCUGAGGCCGGAACCGGGCCAGGGGAGCCUCGACUGCCCCCGGGAGUGUGUGUGCACACAGGAGGGUGUGGUGGACUGUGGAGGGAUUGACCUCCGGGAGUUCCCUGGAGACCUUCCCGAGUACACCAAUCACCUGUCCCUGCAGAAUAACCAGUUGGAGAAAAUCUACCCCGAUGAGCUUUCACGACUCCACAGGCUAGAGACCCUCAACCUUCAGAAUAACCGGCUGACGUCCCGAGGGCUCCCGGAGGAGGCUUUUAAGCAGCUCACAAACCUGAACUACCUGUACCUGGCCAACAAUAAGCUGACUCUGGCCCCGAGGUUCCUGCCGAGCGCCCUGGUCAGCGCCGACUUCGCCGCCAACUUCCUCACCAAGAUCUACGGGCUCACCUUCGGCCAGAAGCCAAACUUGAGGUCCGUCUACCUGCACAAUAACAAGCUGGCCGACGCCGGGCUCCCAGACAACAUGUUCAACGGCUCCAGCAACGUGGAGAUCCUCAUCAUGUCCAGUAACUUCCUCAAGUACGUGCCCAAGAACCUGCCCCGGGCCUUGUACAAGCUGCACCUGAAGAAUAACAAGCUGGAGAAGAUCCCGCCCGGAGCUUUCAGCGAGCUCACCAGCCUCCGGGAGCUCUACCUGCAGAACAACUACCUGACCAACGAAGGCAUGGACAACGAGACCUUCUGGAAGCUCUCGAGCCUCGAGUACCUCGACCUGUCCAGCAACAACCUGUCGGAAAUCCCCGCGGGGCUGCCCCGCAACAUCGUGCUUCUGCACCUGGAGAAGAACGCCAUCCGCAGCGUGGGGCCCGACGUGCUGACCCAGAUCCGCAACUUGGAGUACCUGCUGCUGCACAGCAACAAGCUCAAGGCCAAAGGCAUCCACCCGCUGGCCUUCCAGGGCCUGAAGAAGCUGCACACAGUGCACCUGUACAACAACGUCCUGGAGCGGGUGCCGGGCGGGCUCCCCCGCAGGGUCAGGACCCUCAUGAUCCUGCACAACCAGAUCUCCGGCAUCGCCCGCAACGACUUCGCCACCACCUACUUCCUGGAGGAGCUCAACCUCAGCUACAACAAGAUCACCAGCCCCCAGGUCCACCGCGACGCCUUCCGCAAGCUGCGGCUGCUCAAGUCCCUGGACCUCUCGGGGAACCUGCUGCAGACGCUGCCCCUGGGCCUCCCCAAGAACGUGCAGGUGCUCAAGCUGAAGAGCAACUCCCUGGGAGCCGUGGCUCGCGGGGCCCUGGCCGGCAUGGCCCAGCUGCGCGAGCUCUACCUCACCAACAACCGCCUCAGCAGCCGGGCGGUGCCGCCGCGGACCUGGGCCGACCUCGCCAGCCUCCAGCUGCUCAACAUGGCCGGGAACCAGCUCACAGAGAUCCCAGAGGGCCUGCCCGAGUCCCUGGAGUACCUCUACCUACAGAACAACAAGAUUAGCUCCGUGUCUGAAAAUGCCUUUGAGUCGACCCCCAAUCUCAAGGGGAUCUUUCUCAGGUUUAACAAGCUGGCUGUGGGAGCCGUGAAGGAAAGCACUUUCAAAGGGCUGGUGCACCUGCAGGUGCUGGACAUCGAGGGCAACUUUGAGCUGGGUGAGGGGUCCAAGAAUCGCGGGCGCCCAGAAGAGGAGGAAGAGGAGGAGGAGGAAGAGGAAGGCGAGGAGGAGGAGGAGGAAGAUGAGGAAACGAGAUAGCCACCGGAGCAGGAUUGGCCCAGGACAGCGGAUGGAAAACCAUGUCUCUCUCGGUGUCUGCGUAUUUAUACCCCGGAGCUUCCUCCCACCCAGACCCGGCCACACUUCCAGCCUCUCCCUGGCUCUCUGUCCCUCCCUCGGACUGUGUCUAUCUCCUUCUUCCCACCCCCCCUCUCUUUCUAUCUUCUUUCUCCCCUCUUUCUGUCUCUGUCUUUCUCUCUCUGUCUCCCUCCCUUCUCCCCUUUAAACUGCCCCUGUCUCUGUCUUUCUUUCUAUCUCUCUCCUUUUCCCCUUCUGUCUCUUUCUCUCUCUCUUUCCCUUCCCCCCCUCUGUCUAGCUUCCUCCCUUCUCCCCUUUAAACUGCCCUGUCUGUCUCUCUAUCUCUCUCCUUUCCCCCUUCUUUCUGUCUCUCUCUAUCUCUGUCUCUUUCUCUCUCUAUCUCUCUUCCCCCUCUGUCUAGCUUCCUCCCUUCUCCCCUUUAAACUGCCCCUGUUUCUUUCUGUCUCUCUCUAUCUCUGUCUCUAUCUCUUUCCCUCUCUGUCUCUCUAUCUCCCUCCCUUCCCCCUUCUUUCUGUCUCUCUCUUUCUAUCUCUGUCUCUAUCUCUUUCCCUCUCUGUCUCUCUAUCUCCCUCCCUUCCCCCUUCUUUCUGUCUCUCUCUUUCUAUCUCUGUCUCUAUCUCUUUCCCUCUCUGUCUCUCUAUCUCCCUCCCUUCCCCCUUCUUUCUGUCUCUCUCUUUCUAUCUCUGUCUCUAUCUCUUUCCCUCUCUGUCUCUCUAUCUCCCUCCCUUCUCCCUUCUGUCUAUCUCCCUCCCUUUCCCACUCUGUCUUUCUACACACACACACACACACACACACACACACACACACACACACAGCCACUCUCCAGCCCCCAGCCCCCCCCCCCCCCCCAUCUAUCACACGGACAGUCACCAUCAGCUCGCAGUCACCCCCACAUUGUGGCUGGCCCCUAAUCCUGGGCUGGGGGGAGCCUCACCUACCUUCCACCCGCAGCCACUUCCAGCUCCCGGAGGAAAAGGCCGGGGGGGUCUCGAAGUCUCCCCGCCUCCCACUGCACAAAAGCUGGCUUUUGUUCCCCCGGGCCAAGGGCAGGAGCCUCCCGGGAGGCUCCCCGCAGUCCAGUCCCUUCCCCCUGCGUGCCCGCCACUUCGGGGACUCCGGCCCGGCCGCCUUCCCUCCGGAGAGACUGAGUGCCCCUGAACUUGCGGCCUGGGAGGACUCGGAGCCGCCCGCCAGGCGCGCCCUCGACCGCCUUCCGGCCCCUUCCGGCCCCGCUCCCGGCGUCCUCCGCGGCCCAGGGCCUUUUCCGUGGCCAAGGAUGCCUCCAGUCGCCCAAGAAUUCCCUGUCGGGCCCUGCGGAGUCUUUGCUCAGGACCUGAAGACCUUAUGUUGGGGGGGGGGGGGAGGGGGAGGCUGGAGUGGCGACCGAUCUGGACAUUUGGGAGAAACCGGGUAGCAGAGAUCCUCUUCCUGACAGGGUUAGAGUCACUUAUUCUGGCAGGUUUGGUGGUGGAUUUCUUCAUGUUUUGUUUUGUUUUGUUUUUAAAGAAAGAAAAAAAUUCAUUUUUGUGCCUUGUUAAAAAAAAUAAUAUAAAAAGCAUAUUCCUUC